AAAGAAUCUCGUGAAACAAGUGAAAGAGAAGAAGAAGAAGAAGAAAAAAGAGAAGAAGUAGUUAGUCCAACAUGUAUUCCAAAUGAAAUAGAAAUACAAGAGACUUUUGAAAGAAAUAAAACAGAAGAAAAAGGAAAAAGGGAAAGCUUGUAAAAUAAAUGUGCAAGACAAAAAGAAAGGCCACAAUUAUGCAAUAAAAUGAAACAUAAACCAAGAAGUUGGUAAUGACAAAACUGUUGUCACAAAUACGUUAUUGGAACUUCUAAUGGAUUCCGAAAAAAGAAAUAAGGAACUUCUUAACGAAAAUAAAGAAUUAACGAAAAUAAAUCAGCAGCUAAACAUACAAGUAAAAGAAUUACAAACAAAUACAACGCAAAAUGAUCCUAUCAUUACAAAAAUGGAAAGAAAUAUACAAGAGAAAGUUGAAGAUAUUGCUGUCAAUGCUUUGCGAAAAAUAUUUACGCCAGGACAAAUAAAAAGUUUAAUGUCAUUGCAUAACGUCCGUGUUAAAUGGUCAUCGGAAGAUAUAAUAUCAGCUAUUGGUUUGCGAUCAUUGAGCCCGAAAGCUUACACAUAUCUCAGAAAUGUAAAACAGGUUCCAUUACCUUGUGUAUCAACAUUGCGCAAUUGGGUUGCAUCUUUCAACAUAGCACCUGGAAUUUUCACAGAUUUCCUCAAAAUAAUGAUUGAUAAAGGAAAUAGUCUUUCCACAGCGGAAAAGUUAACAGUCAUAACUUUUGAUGAAAUAUACAUAUCUAAUAAGUUGGACUUAGAAAGAAGAGAACAACGAAUCUAUGGUCCACACAAGACAUGUAGUACAGUCACUUUAGACAAAAAUCAAGCGAAACCUCGGAAAAAAUGUCAGCAAGGUGAAUUUUGGCACAGACCUUCGUUUUUGCAUAAGAUUAAAGGGGGAAAAAAGUUUACCAUUAUACAGUAGCCGCUAAGAAAAAUAAUUAAACAAAUAGGACUCAAAUUCCGUUUUCUU